CAUGUAAGCAGGAGAGGUGAAACGAUUACUGAACGAGUUUUACACACACAUUCACACCGCAGAGAGAGAGAGUGAGAGAGAGAGAGAGAGAGAGGAGGGUCUUGUCUUGUCUAGACAUCUAUAUUUUUUACUGCAUUUGGGUAUUCUUCUCUCUAUCAGCUCUGUGAAGUUUUCAGAGGAGAAAACCAGAUAAAGGGCUUUUAGUGCUUUGAGAAUGCUGAGGAAGAGGACCAGAUCACAUCAGAAAGAUCAACACAUGGGACACCUAAUGUGUGAUGCUGCUGCUAUACCUGAGUCUUGUUUUCAAUCUGAUGUUUUGGGGCAAAAACAAAAACUCAAAAACAAUUCUUUUUUCAAUGUCCCUGGUUUGUUUGUUGGGUUUAGCCCUAAGGCUUCAGAAUCCGAUUCAGUUAGAAGCCCUACUUCUCCAUUGGAUUUUAGGGUUUUAUCAACUCUAGCAAACCCCUCUAGGUCCCCAAGAUUGUCCCAUGAGGGACAUCACAAGAGCUGGGAUUGCAGGAAAGUAGGCCUAAGCAUUAUAGAUUCGCUUGAUGACGACCCAAAACAAUCGGAAAAAAUUCUCCGAUCAUCGAAUAGCAAGAACAUUCUUUUUGGACCCCAGAUGAGGAUUAAAACCCCAAAUUUUCAUACCCGGAUUGAUUCUUUUGAGGCUUCCAAGUCACUGCCAAAGAACUAUGGAGUUUUUCAUCAUACCCAGAUGAUUAAACCAUCCAAUCUUCAAAUGGGUAACUCCAAUGUUCUGUUUGGUAUUGGAGAAACAGCAUUUGAACCCGAACCAUUUGGAAAUUUUUUGUCUUGUUCACUGGAUUCUGGAAGGCCUGGGGGGUCACAUCUAGCCAGUUUAAUGAACAGGAGUAGCGAUUCAAGUACUGGGAAUUUUGGUUCUGGAAAUGGAACAAACCCAGGGAGUUCACUUAAAAAUUUAGGCGACUCAUCGGCUACAAAGUUGAAUCCAACCCCUAUUUCCAUAUCCUCUUCCCAUGAUUUUAUUGGGUCCCUCUCGGCAAGUGAAAUCGAGCUGUCUGAGGAUUAUACUUGUGUAAAAACAUAUGGUCCCAACCCCAAAACAACUCAUAUUUUUGGUGAUUGCAUUUUGGAAUGUCACGACAAUGAUUUAACCAAUUUAUCUAAGAACAAAGAACAGAAGAUUCAAUUGCCUCCGCCAAUGUCAAUUCAAUGCUCGGGAAUCCCCGAUCCGUACCCCUCCAGUGACUUUUUGAGCUUCUGCUACUCUUGCAAGAAGGAGCUGGAGGGAGAAGAUAUUUACAUGUACAGAGGUGAGAAAGCGUUUUGCAGUUGGAAUUGCCGUUCAGAGGAGAUUUUGAUUGAGGAGGCAAUGGAAAACUCUUCCAAGUCAAGCACGAGCGAGGAAUUUCCCGAAACCAAACUGUUCAUUGCGACAUAAAAGGAUAAGCCGUGGUUGCUUUAUCCCCUAGCCGCUAAGCCCAUGAUUGAUGAGAUCAUCUCCCGAAAGGUAAAAACCACUUGAUCAUCUGUUUUACCAAGAGCUGUUUUAUGUGCAUCUGUUAUCAGUCAGCCAUGGAUGAUCAUUGUGUACAUUGUUCCUUUCGCUGAUUGUGUUUCAUCGUUCAUGGUCUUAGCGGGUAUUGGGUUGUGACUGGCUAGUUUUGUUUUGUUUUUCAUAGUCCUGACAUGGAUAUAUAAAACUUCUUAAUAUCGAAAAAGGUUGAAGCCAAAUCUCUAUGGCUCCCCUGAUUUCUUUCUAAGAUGGAGUUUUUUGACUGAUGAAAUAUAAAUCUCCUUUAUAUACAAGAAUCAUUUGCCUGUUUAAUUUCUUGACGAUGGUCUUGGAAAUGAAUUGUUAAGCAGUGUUUGUUGUUA